UACUGAAACGACUUACCGAUGAAGAUUCUCAGUUACUCUUCUUCAAUGGAGUUUCUUCACCAGAACCUUCUCACUUUCACUUCUUCAUUCCGCCGGAAUAAUCCAGACCCAGAGCUAGGGUUUCAUCCUACUCAAAUCCCAUCUUUCCAAAUUCAUUCCCAAAGGAAAUGGAGCCGGCUCGAACAUUCCCAGCCUCCGAAGAACCUUCCACAUCUUCUGCAGCAUCCGCUUCUACAUCUUCUCCUCCGGAAAUGUACGAGGAAGAGGAGACGGAAAGAGACCGAGCAUCACAGGUGCGUCCAGAUCAUUCGACCGUAUUUUAUAAUGUAGGGUACCCGACAACAACAACUGGUUACGAUACAUCAGGAAUAUACGGAGAAGACACUUGGUCAUGCAUCAUCGUUCUCCUUACCUUCUGGUUCUUCGUUGCAACGACUCUAAUUUUGGGUGUAUUUGGAGCUGUCAACUUACAACUUACACCAAAUUCUUCAAUAUUAAUCAAUGUAAACCCUUGGUUUGUGGAGAAUAUAAAGGUGGAACAAAUAAAUGAGGCUAAUUCUGGGCCAGUGUUGUAUGGAUUAUAUAACACUCCUGUUCUUGAUGUUGUUAAGAUUUGGUCGAAGAAUUAUACCAACAUUCUUCUAGCAGGCUCUUACAAGGAGUGGGUAUAUAUAUUGAAUGAAGGAUCUCAAAUUAAUAUAUCGUAUAGCGUUACCUCCUCCAGCGAAUUAUCUGUAAUCCUUGUAGUUGCUAAAGGGACAGAAAGCUUUGAUGAAUGGAUUGCUGAUCCCACUUAUCCCAAUAGUACCUUAUCAUGGAAUGUCGUUAAAGGAAAUGGUUUCAUUCAGCAGUCUAUUCCCUGGACAUCAACUUAUUAUGUUGCAAUAGGUAAUUUGAACUCUGAAGAAGUGCAGGUGAGCGUAAAUAUUAGUGUAAAGAGUUAUUUGUACAAUACAAGUGAGGCUUACUACAAGUGCACCGUCGCUCAUAGAAGUUGUAGUUUGAAACUGUUUUUCCCGAGUGGAAAUUCAGCUGUACUGGCCUCUCCAUACGAUCAGGAAAGUUUGUCUGAUGAUUGGUAUGUCAAACUAUCGUAUGGACCGAGGUGGAUAACUUAUUUUCUUGGCAUAGGGGGAAUGACGUUUCUCAUGUUCUUGGGCUUACAUUUCAUAAACAAGUGCCAAUAUAGGCGUCUAGACAGAACGUUUCAAUUUACUGAGGCUAGAGGAUCGGAGAGAGCUCCAUUGCUGACACGUAAAGAUUCUGAUCUGUCUAGUUGGGGUUCUUCAUAUGAUUCUGUCUCAGACAAUGAUGAAGAACUCGAAGAAGGUCUCAUUGUAGGACCUGAUGGAAAGCCAGUAAGGGAUGGGGAGUAUAAUGGCAAUGUUAGACGUCUUUGUGCAAUCUGUUUUGAUGCUCCAAGAGACUGCUUCUUCCUUCCUUGUGGGCACUGUGUUUCUUGUUUCACAUGCGGAACAAGGAUUGCAGAGGUUGCAGGUACUUGUCCGAUCUGUCGUAAGAACAUAAAGAAGGUGAGAAUGAUUUUUACUGUAUGAUUUAAUUGUCGGGUUUUUCUCCAUUCGACCAAUUGUGUAUCUAGAGCUCCCCAUUAUUGUUUUAUUUGGUUCCUUGCUAAUGAAUAGCCAAAAAAAGGAAUGAAGAAAGAAUGAUAAGUUACA